AUGCCUGCGACUGGACUGCAGAAGCAAAUUGGUCAGCUCUUCGCGGUCGGAUUCCACGGCCUCACCCCGAGCCCAGAAAUCAAGACUUUGAUUCACGACUAUGGUAUUGGUGCGAUCGUUCUUUUCAAACGAAAUGUUAGCGAUGCAGCUCAACUUCAGGCCUUGACGCAUGCGCUCCAAGAAGAAGCACGAUUAGCAGGACACGAACAUCCUUUGCUUAUAGGGAUUGAUCAGGAGAAUGGUCUUGUCACUAGGGUAUCGCCUCCGGUUGCUCCACAACUGCCGGGCCCUAUGGCUCUAGGUGCCGCCAACUCCCCCGAGCUCGCAUACCAGGUCGGGGCGGCAACCGGUGAGAUUCUGAGCGCCUCGGGAAUUAACAUGAACUAUGCGCCCGUAUGUGACAUUAAUUCCGAGCCACUCAACCCGGUAAUCGGGGUUCGUAGCUUCGGAGAUAAUCCCGAGUUCGUGGCUCGAUUCGCCAGUGCCAGCGCCCAAGGUCUUCGGGAGCACAAGGUCGUACCUACUGUAAAACAUUUCCCAGGGCAUGGUGAUACCGCAGUUGACUCCCACUAUGGCCUACCUGUCAUUCCAAAGACACGAGAACAACUAGAAAGCUGCGAGCUGGUUCCCUUCCGUCAAGCAGCAAAUGAAGGUAUCGAGGCAAUUAUGACAGCCCAUAUCUCCCUACCUGCCAUAGGAGAUGGCAGAUUGCCUGCCACCUUAUCGCCUGAUGUGAUGAGGAUUCUUCGCGAAGAUAUGGGGUACAGUGGUAUGGUCAUUACGGACUGUCUCGAGAUGGAUGGAAUUCGUGCUACGUACGGAACAGAGCAAGGCGCUGUCCUUGCUCUGGCGGCUGGCUGCGACAGCAUUAUGAUAUGCCACACGUAUUCCGUCCAAGUAGCUUCUAUUCUGCAGGUCUGUCAGGCCGCCGAGUCUGGAAAGAUUCCUUCCGCGCGAUUGGAUGAGGCCAUCCGUCGUGUGAGUGAGCUGAAGAGCAGAUUUCUAAGCUGGGAGACGGCGCUGCGACCUCUGGAAUCGAGAGAAAACUGGCCUGCUCUGGGAGCAGAUUUAGUGAAACAUUCUGCGCUGGCUAAACAAGCCUAUGCCCAGUCUGUGACGCUUGUUCGGGAUUCCCUCCAGAUUCUUCCUGUGUCCAGCUCUGCUAACGUCGUAUUCCUCUUUCCUGGGGACCAGACUCCAGCUGGAGGUGCAGUGGAUGGAGAGGGACUGGGAAGAAAGGGCUCUUAUAACGCCUCCGUUUACCUCAACAUACUGAGGCAAUACAACCAAACGGUGGUUGAGAUCCGAUAUGGGGCUGCAGGCUUAUCGGCCGAGCUGACGAGUACCAUUGAAGCUGCCGAUGUCGUUAUUUUCACUUCUAUUAAUGCGCGAGAGUCUCCGUUUCAGCGGACUUUAGGCUUGGAGCUGCCUAGCCGGGCUCGUAAACUGGUCAGCAUCGCCGCCUGUAACCCCUAUGACUUCCUGGAAGAUGCGUCGGUUGGAACAUAUAUCGCCACCUAUGAGCCAACACCCGAAGCAUUUGCGGCAGCUGCUGAGGUCAUAUUUGGAAAAUCGGAACCUAAAGGCAUCUUGCCGGUCAAAAAUCCUCCUAGUCAAAUGUCUGUUGAGGAAUCAGCAUUGACUAACACUAAGGAUAUCUUGCAAAUAACAGAUGUUUGGAAUGCUGCUUUGCCUUCCUACUCACUUUCCGCUCAGAAGUUGCAACUACUUAUAAACCAAGAACAUGGGCACCAUUUCGUUGCUCGCUUGGGUGCUGAUAUUGUAGGAUUUGGCUUGACAUAUACCAGCACUACACCCGCAGGUGUUGCUGGCAACAUUGCUGUGCUUGCAGUGGAUCCUGCAAAGCAAGGCCAGGGACUUGGAACAGCACUGAUCUCGAAAAUCACUGCAUGGUAUCGGGCCAAUCUGAAUCUGUCACGUCUCGAAUUAAGCAGCUCAUUCCCAAGGUUCUUUCCUGGGAUACCCAACGAUUUACCGUCAUCGGUACAGGAGUUCUUCCAGAAGCGUGGCUUCUCACUAUGGGAUACGAACCCGCGGAACGUUGACCUGUACCAAGAUAUAGGUGACUUCAAGGCUCCUGACGCAUAUAUCACUCGGGCUGCGGAUCAGGGAUAUACGUUUGGUCCACUUCAGCCCGAGCAUUAUGAAGAAUGCCUGGCUGGACAGAGGAAAAAUUUCUCUGCAAAUGCGGCCUGGGUGCGCCAAUAUGAAGAGCUUCACCCUACCAAAUAUCCAUUCAGUGUGAUGGCAGCCUUCGACUCCCAAGGAAAGCAGGCCGCUUGGACACUGAUGCUUGGUCCUGACUCGCCCGCUCUACAGAGAAACUGGGCGCUUCCACCUGUGUGUGGGCCCAAAACUGGCCUCAUUGGAUGUGUAGGUGUGGAUGCGGAUCAUAGGAAGAAGGGACUUGGGCUGGCACUACUCAGCCACGCAAUGGAGGAUCUGAGGCAGAGAGGCGCGGAGGGAGUAUUUGUCGACUGGGUGGUGCUGGAAGGGUUCUACGAGCAGCUCGGCUUCAAAGUCUGGCGCGAAUAUCGACGGGCAACUCUUCAAAUGUAG